AUGGUAACUGGAAUCGGAGUCCUAGUCUCUUCGCUUCGCAGCCUGCUGAUUAGAGGCAAAAUGUGGAUUGGGGAUUCGAGAGUAUGUUCUUCCUCUUGGGCGUCUUUGCUGGGUGUUUUGUACAACCGUCAUUAUGAAUUCGUACUGCACAGGGUCCAAAAUGGAUUUGAGAUUUGUUACUGCAUGACGACAUUCUCGGCCUCUGAUUUAGUCACCUCCCUCUUCUGUGGAAGGAUUUCCAAAGAGUACCUCUACAAACUGUGCGCCGCUGGGGAUGAGAUGUACGCUGUGCCUCAUUUAAACAAUGUUCUUUAUCUUCAUUACCAAGGGAUUCGAAAAAUAGAAAAUCUUGACGACUACGUCAAUUUGAAGUGCCUGUACCUGCAGAACAACUACAUCAUAAAAAUAGAAAACUUAGAUUGCCUCCAGCACCUGAGGCUCCUGUUUUUGAAUAGCAACUGCAUCGACAAAAUUGAAAAUCUGGAAGGCCUUCAGCAGCUGGACAAAAUUGACCUCAGCAAGAACAACAUCAAAGUUGCAGAGAAUCUCAGCUGUCUUAAAAGCUUGACCAGUUUGGACCUCAGCUACAAUAGCCUCACUCACAUUGACGACAUUGCUCAUUUGAGUGAGUGCAUGUCACUGACCUUGCUUCGACUCUCACACAACAAACUGGCUGAUCCUGAAACCGUUGAGGUUAUAUUUUAA